UGUGUUCCGCUUUGGCGGUAAUGAGCCUGUGGGGCGCUUCAGCGUCUCACAAUAAAUCUCACGAAGAAGAAGAAGACAAUAUGCACGCUUGCUGGUGUCGCUGAUGCAGUGCACUGAGGGAAACGGUCAUAAAGUUUGAAGUGGGUCUUUUGGCCAAUGUUUUGAUAACCGACCGCAGCCAGCGGACAGAGAGCACCAGCGGACUGACUACUUCCCACGUCCGGACAAACCGUUUGUCUGACCACUGGCGUCACUGCAAAAUAAAGACUCAACAUGACAACGCCGGUUUCCGUGCUUCGCCUGCCAAAAGGACCCGACCCCAACAGCCGAGGAUUUGACCCUAAAUCUCCUCGCUUCAUCGCUCUCUGCCGAACCUCCAUUGCCACUUCUCCUGCUUCCGAGGCAGAUGCUGAGCAACUGCCAAGAGAGCAGCAUGCCCGAUCCGUACUAAGAGAGAGUUUCCUCCGAUGUCUCCUGUCCAUGGCCAACAAGAAGAUUCAGUUUCACAUGUACGAGCGGGUGAAUGUGGAGGCCACCUUCAGAGCAUCCGACAUCGACGUGUUGAAUUUUCAGGUGUCGGACCUGCACACUCCCAUCGGCGUGCAAAAAGAGGCUCUGAUCCGGUGUCAGGAUGUGAUUUUAUUCACUUUUGAUGCAUGAAUACUAAAGGCUUCUUUUCCUGCCCAAACAGAAUAUUCAUUUUGUAAUGAGCACUCGGCACUAUGAAGUCUCGUUUGUUGUUGCAAGGGAGCUCAGAUUUCAAAAUGUGAGAUAGUUUAUACAUUUUGUUAUAAUAAUAUAUAUAUAUAUAUAUAUAUUUGUCUUCAGGUGCGGUUGUAUAUUGAUGUUUUCAGUCUCUACGCGCCACUUCAUCCAUGGUGCUGUGUGAGAAGUUAACUAGUUAAAAAGCAGUUCCACCUUUUAAGCACAAGAGGGAGUCUAUGCCUGUGUUUUAAGAGCCAGGAAAGAGACCUUUGUGAGAAUGAUUUACUUUCUGUAGAUAGUCAACACUGCUAGAAAGUGGUUAAUACUGUACAGGUGCUCAAGUUGAAAUGUCAUUACUGAGGCAAAUGAAACGCUUACAUGUCUUUUGAGUAAAACACUUCUGUUUUUAAGGGGUUUUUUGUUUGGGGGAAGAAAAAAACCUGAAAAUACCUGAAAAAAAAUUGUCUCACAAAUCUUGAUGCUGCUUAAGAUAAGAAAUUCUAACU